UUUCCCCAAGCCUUAGGAGCCCUAUGUGACCCGCUAGAGAAAAUGGCGGCGGUGGCGGGGAAUCGCACUUUGUCGUCAGGAUUAUCCUCAGGCGGCAGUGCGAAGGCAGCUGCCGCCGGGGGCCUGAAGGGCAGCACGGGCGCGGGGAGUGUCGCCGGGAGCGGUGGGGGGCUCCUGCGGGAGGUGGGCGGUGGCUGCCGGGAGCAGCACUCUGACUGGAGGCGGAAGCAGCCGCGCAAAGUGCGGAGUGUGGAGCUGGACCGACUGCCUGAGGCACCCCUUUUCCUCGCUGCCGCCGCUUUCUCGUCCUCCUCCUCCUCCUCUUCGCCGGAGCCUCCCGAGACGCUGCUGCUCCACUACCUGCCCGGGCCGCGCUCCAGCCUGGCUGCCUCUCCUAGCCGCUGCGCCGAGUUCCUGGAGCCGCUGCCGGCGGGGACCGACCACGCCGCGGAGCAGAGGAUGGAGCCGUACCCCCUUGCGAGUUGUGACAUGGAGAAUAGAGAAACCCUCAGGGGGUUGCAGAAGAUGGAUGACCGCCCAGAAGAGCAUAUGAUCAGGGAGAAACUCAAGGCAAUGUGUAUGCCAGCCUGGAAACAUGAAUGGCUGGAAAGACGAAGCAGGAGAGGCCCUGUGGUGGUGAAACCUAUCCCUGGGAAAGGAGAUGGAUCAGAAAUGAGCAAACUCUCUAUAGAGCCUCGGGCUGAAGGACAAAGCACUGCUUCUUCACCUAGUCAGAAAGGAAGACGUAGUCCUUCUAGUAGCUCUUCAUCAUCCUCUAGGACUGUUAAAUCUGAAUCGCCGGGUGUUAGAAGAAAAAGGGUAUCUCCAGUGCCUUUUCAGAGUGGACGAAUAACACCACCUCGACGAGCCCCAUCUCCAGAUGGCUUCUCUCCAUACAGCCCUGAGGAAACAAAUCGUCGUGUCAACAAAGUUAUGCGAGCCAGGCUGUACCUGCUGCAGCAGAUAGGACCCAACUCUUUCUUAAUUGGAGGAGACAGCCCUGAUAAUAAAUACAGAGUGUUUAUUGGGCCUCAGACUUGUAGCUGUGGCCGUGGGACAUUUUGUAUUCAUCUGCUGUUUGUUAUGUUGCGGGUCUUCCAGCUUAAACCCUCAGACCCAGUGCUCUGGAGAAAGACGCUGAAGAACUUUGAGGUUGAGAGUUUGUUCCAGAAAUAUCACAGUAGGCGUAGCUCGAGGAUCAAAGCUCCAUCUCGUAACACCAUCCAGAAGUUUGUCUCACGCAUGUCAAAUUCUCAUACAUUGUCAUCAUCUAGUACUUCUACAUCUAGUUCAGAAAACAGUAUGAAGGAUGAAGAAGAACAGAUGUGCCCCAUUUGUUUGUUAGGCAUGCUGGAUGAAGAGAGCCUAACUGUGUGUGAAGAUGGCUGCAGGAACAAAUUACACCACCACUGCAUGUCAAUAUGGGCAGAAGAAUGCAGAAGAAACAGAGAGCCACUUAUAUGUCCUCUUUGUAGGUCUAAAUGGAGAUCUCAUGAUUUCUCUAGUCAUGAAUUGCCAAGCCCUGUGGAUUCUUCUUCUGUUCUCCAUGUGGUUCAUCAACAAAUUCAGCAGCAAUCUACAGUUGGAUCACAGAGAAGAACCCAAGAUAGCAAUUUUAACCUUACUCAUUAUGGGGUCCAGCAGAUCCCUUCUAACUAUAAAGAUUUAGCUGAGCCAUGGAUUCAGGUAUUUGGAAUGGAGUUAGUUGGCUGCUUGUUUUCUCGAAACUGGAAUAUACGAGAGAUGGCACUUAGACGUCUUUCCCAUGAUGUUAGUGGUGCUCUAUUACUGGCUAAUGGUGAAAGCACUGGAAAUUCUGGAAGUAGCAAUGGAAACAACACAAGUGCUGGAGCUUUGGGAGCAGUUAGUGGGUCAUCUCAGACCAGUAUCUCUGGAGAUGUGGUGGUAGAAUCCUGCUGCGGUGUGCUGUCCAUGGUCUGUGCCGACCCUGUCUACAAAGUGUAUGUUGCUGCUUUAAAAACCUUAAGAGCCAUGCUGGUAUAUACUCCUUGUCAUACUUUAGCAGAGAGGACUAAACUACAGCAACUUCUCAAGCCAGUUGUAGAGACAAUAUUAGUUAAAUGUGCAGAUGUCAACAGUCGAACAAGUCAACUUUCAGUCUCAACGCUAUUGGAGAUGUGUAAAGGCCAAGCGGGAGAGCUGGCAGUUGGGAGAGAAAUACUUAAAUCUGGGUCUAUUGGUAUUGGUGGUGUUGAUUAUGUCUUAAACUGUAUUCUCGGAACCCAAACCGAGUCUAGCAACUGGCAAGCACUACUGGGGCGAUUUUGUCUAAUAGACAGACUUCUGUUGGAAUUUCCUGGUGAAUUUUAUCCCCACAUUGUCUGUGGAGGUGUUUUACAGGCUGAUACUGUAGUAGACAGGUAUAAGAAACUUCUCUCCCUCUUAAAUUUCACCUUGCAGUCAAUUGACAAUUCCCACUCAGUGGUUGGAAAACUAUCGCGGAGAGUAUUUUUGAGUGCAGCAAGAAUGGUGGCAAGAGUGCCCCAUGUUUUUAUAAAGCUAUUAGAGAUGUUGAGUGUGACAAGCUCAACUCAUUACACAAGGAUGCGUCGACGUCUGAUGGCAAUAGCAGGAAUGGAAAUUGCAGACACCAUCCAGCUAGGCAUGGAAGAAAUGCACUCUGGGGAAUGUCGACAUGACUUUUUGCAGCUACCUGUACCAGAUAACUCUCCAGAAGCUACAGAAAGUAAUACUCCUAACAAUACUGUCCAGUUAUCAAGGAAAAGUGAGAAAAGUUUAGGUGAUAAAAAACUGAGUGCCAGUCCAGAGGACACUUCUGAGAUGCUGGCUGGACUUGCUGUGGGACUUCCCGUUUCAUCAGUAACCACUGAGCAACUGAAGCAAGCCAUUCAAACAAAAGGAAGAACCCCCAGUCAGUGUUUGAACUCUUCUCCCUCGUGCAGUCAUUCUCAGUCACUAUUCCCAAUGUUUCUGUCUCCUUCAAACCCAUCUGUACUAGCUGGCACUGUAACAGAUGUCUCUAAACUCAGACCUCAGAGAUUCAUUCCCUGCAAAAUCCCCUCACCUUCUCAAACACAGAGGAAACUUUCUCUCCAGUUUCAGAGAAACUGUUCUGAAAAUAAAGAACCAGAGAAACUUUCUCCAGUUUUUACCCAAGCCAGGCCAUUGCCAUCCAGUCACAUACACAGGCCAAAGCCGUUGCGACCCACCCCAAGUGAUGUGAACAAUCAGGGAGAAACCUCAAAAAACAGUAUGACACUUGACCUGAAUGAUAUUUUGCAGUGUGAUGGCAAUAGUAGUAGCAGUGUGGUUAUACCAAGUGAAGAGACAGUGUUCACACCAAUAGAUGAGAAAUGUCAAUUGGACGUUAAUGCAGAGCUCAAUUCCAGUAUUGAGGACCUGCUGGAGGCCUCCAUGCCAACGAGUGAUGGCACAGUUACAUUCAAGUCUGAAGUUGCAGUUCUUUCUCCUGAGUGGGCAGAAAAUGAUGAUACUUACAAAGAUGAUGUAAAUCAUAAUCAAAAAUGCAAGGAAAAGAUGGAAGCUGAAGAAGAGGAAGCUUUAGCUAUUGCUAUGGCAAUGUCAGCAUCUCAAGACACCCUGCCAAUAAUUCCCCAACUACAGGUUGAAAAUGGUGAAGAUAUCAUAAUCAUUCAGCAGGAUACACUAGAAACCCUGUCUGGACAUAUCAAAGCAAAACACCAUUACAGAGAAGAUGCAGAAUGGCUUAAAGGUCAGCAAAUUGGUCUUGGAGCUUUCUCUUCCUGUUACCAAGCUCAAGAUGUAGGAACAGGGACAUUAAUGGCUGUAAAACAGGUGACGUAUGUCAGGAACACAUCAUCUGAGCAAGAAGAAGUAGUUGAAGCACUGAGAGAAGAAAUAAGGAUGAUGAAUCAUCUGAACCAUCCUAACAUUAUUCGAAUGUUGGGUGCUACAUGUGAGAAGAGUAACUAUAACCUCUUUAUUGAAUGGAUGGCAGGGGGUUCAGUUGCUCAUUUGUUAAGUAAAUAUGGAGCCUUCAAAGAAUCUGUUAUUAUUAAUUACACAGAUCAACUGUUACGUGGCCUUUCUUACCUCCAUGAGAAUCAGAUAAUCCAUAGAGAUGUUAAAGGUGCCAAUUUGCUAAUUGACAGCACAGGUCAUAGAUUAAGAAUUGCUGAUUUUGGAGCUGCAGCCAGGUUGGCAUCAAAAGGAACUGGUGCUGGGGAGUUUCAGGGACAGUUGUUGGGAACUAUUGCAUUUAUGGCACCGGAGGUUCUGAGAGGUCAGCAAUAUGGUAGGAGCUGUGAUGUGUGGAGUGUUGGCUGUGUUGUUAUAGAAAUGGCUUGUGCUAAACCUCCCUGGAAUGCAGAGAAACACUCCAAUCAUCUUGCUCUGAUAUUUAAGAUUGCUAGUGCAACUACUGCUCCAUCAAUCCCUUCACAUCUGUCUCCUGGUUUGAGAGAUGUGACUCUUCGGUGUUUAGAACUUCAACCUCAGGACAGACCUCCAUCAAGGGAGCUGCUGAAACACCCAGUCUUCCAUACUACAUGGUAGCUACUUAUGUGUAAGGCUGAUAUACUUAAGAAGAUGCUAUUGAAUAUACAAUAACUGUCUUGCAGUGCAAUUAAGCACAGCAGCUUGUAUUAUUCUGCUGGCCUUAAUGAUAGAUACAUCAAGGAUAUAAGGCCAGUGGAUGACCCUACCUAAGUAUGUGAUUGACAAAUCAAGAUCUUUACCUAAGCUCAGUAUGCAACAUUUCACAACUUGUGCAGAGACUUGUAAACUGUACCUUUUUCAAACAUCUGGCUCUAUGUGAGCACAAAAGCAUUUUUCCUUAAAUCUGCAUGAUUAUUUAGCAGAUAAGUGAUUUUUAUUUUAUUUGGAGCACUUUUUUCAGCAAUAUUAGCAGCUGAGGGGCUCAGGAUCUAUUUUAAAUAUAGCAAUCACUGUUCCAUUUCACAUCACAUAGAUGUAAGCAGAGGGUUCUGCAAUUAGUCAGUUUUCAGCACUGGUUAAAAGGAAGUUCUGUAUCUGUCUCUUUUAAUUAUACAAAGUUCUUUGAGUAACAAAUCCAAAUGUUGAUGGAUACUUAAAAAAAAACAUUUUGCCUUCCUUAAAGCAAGAGCAGGCAGUUGUGGUUCACUGUGCAUUUACUGCUGGUCAUGUAAUUUCUUUUGAAAUUAAAGUUUGUUUUCAUUGUAUUUUUAACUUUCAGGGAAAGGUGAUCUUUUAAAAUAGUCUUUAGAAAAAGAUGCAAACUGUGUCAUAGAACAUCUUACUGACAUGAGUUUUAAAAAGAUUUGCUGGAAAUCGAAUAAAAUAAAAUGCCAUCUUCAAGUCAGUGUUUCAGCCUCUGAUAGUAUAGGUUAUUUUUUAAAAAAAUGUUUUGCAUAAAACAACUUAGUCUGAAUCGUGCUAAAAGUUGAGUCGUCUUUUCAUAUAGCAGUUUCUUCUGGCAAAUCGUGUAGAGAAGUUUCAUGUCAAAGGCCCCAAGCCCAGCUCCCAUUAAAGUUUAUGGGAGACUUUGUCCUGUACUUCAGUGGGAGCAGGUGCCACCUAUGAGCAAAUCUCAUUCUUUGUGUAAUAAAACUGUCACAUUCUCCACUGAUAACAAGUUUUACCUGCUGUUUUCCUUCUGCUGUACAUCAUCUAUUUACUGUAGCCAUUAGUGAUAAUUUAAUUUGAAAAUGUUAAAAAUAUUACCAUAAGAAAGGUAUUUAUUUUAACAAGAAACAAACUUGGACUUGAAAAACAAGGUUAAGUAAAAUGUGAAGUAAAGCUUCACCUGUAGUGCAAAACUUGUGUUUUUAGCAGGUGUGCUUUUAAAAUUAUUUUAAAGGCAGGUUUUUAGAUUCUGAUGCAUGUAAUGCUGAAGGAAAAUGGCAGCUUUUCUUUUGCCUUUUUAAGAGGGGGGAUCUUUUUAAAUCAAAUACUCAUUGUGUUUAAUCAAUUUGGAGGAAAAAAAAUACUGUUCAUGUUUUAACUCUUCAGAAGCCAGUUGAAUUGUUGGACUGAAAUUGGUUAUUUUCAAAGACUCAAGACAAACUAAAUAAGCUGUAGUAAAUUAAAAAUGUACAAUACAAAUUGGAAGUAAAACAUCUUAAAGAUAAGUUUACAGGGAUGAUAGUGCUCAUACUGAUA